GGAGCUGGGUUUUGGCAAUUCAGUAGAACAAGUGGAUCGGGAGCUCAGAUAUAAUUCCUUGAAUCCCUUGCUUCCUUAUUAUUUAAAGUCUUUUUUUUUUUUUUUUUUUCAAUUUAUUCAAGUGGAUUUUCCCUUUUCAAGUGAAUAAGCAGAGGGAACUGCCUGGGAUACAUCAGAAAUAAGCCUCCUGAGCUGAGGAUGCUUGUAGUUCCGGGCAGCAGUGCUACUUCCCACAAUGUGAGAAAGACCAUGGCAACUUGGCAGGACUGCUACCUGCUCAGUUCCCAAAAUGAAGACAUCUGCCAGAACGUUCAGGUUUCCAGCCUGUGAUGCUCCAGCAGAUUCAUAUUACAAAAGAGACGAUUCUGGACACGACAAAGGAAAUUUAGGGAAAUAUCCCUAACUAUCAAGAGAAGAGAUCUGUACUGUUUCAGAGAGAGAAACCAUGCGUUCCAGAAGUAACAGUGCAGAAAGCCCAACCAGACCGAAGCCGUGCCAACAAAGGCCAAAAGGCCACCAUAGAGAAGAAACAGGUUACAGUGGGAAAGGGAAUGUGCAAAGAAGGCCAAAGGAGAAGGACGAUGUGCCCCAAGCCAGCACCAUCAUAAGAAGCCCUAAGGCUGAGAAAAAGCAAAGAAGUUCUUUCAAGAAAAGAGAGGACCUCUCUCGUGAUGAUCUGCUAUUUCUUCUUAGUGUCCUUGAGGGUGAAUUACAGGCUCAAGAUGAAGUUAUAGGAAUACUUAAGGCUGAAAAAAUUGACUUGGCUUUGCUUGAAGCACAAUAUGGCUUUGUUACUCCCAAGAAGGUGUUGGAAGCCCUCCAGCGUGACGCUAUUCAAACAAAGGCUGAGCAAUGGCAAGAAGAUAUCUAUGAAAAGCCUAUGGGAGAGCUUGAUAAAGUUGUAGAGAAACAGAAGGAAACUCACAGACGAAUGCUGGAGCAACUUCUAAUGGUAGAAAAAUCACACAGACAGACCCUGUAUGAAUUAGAGGAAGAGAAGAGGAAGCACAGUGAAUACAUGGAGAAAAGUGAUGAGUUUAUAAGCUUACUGGAAAAAGAACGUGAAAGACUGAAAAAGCUUCUUGAACAAGAAACAGCAUAUCAAGAAAAAAAAGAGAAGGAAAACAACAAGAAAAUAGCUAAACUGAAAGAAGAAUUGACUAAACUGAAAUCCUUUGCUUUAAUGGUUGUGGAUGAACAACAAAGACUCACUGAGCAGUUGAACCAACAAAGUCAAAAAAUUCAAGAGUUAACCACUUCUGCAGACCAAGCACAUGAGAAACUCGCUUUUGCUGAAGCAAAAGCUCAAGAGCAAGAACAGAAAGCCAGCAGGCUGGAGGCUGAACUUCAAGUCCAAAACAGUAAGGUUUCCCAAGAUCACGAAGCAAUGAUGGCCAAACUAACCAAUGAAGACAGCCAGAAUCGUCAGCUCCGGUUAAAACUGAAUGCACUCAGCAGGCAAAUUGAUGAGCUGGAAGAGACCAAUAAAUCUUUAAGAAAAGCAGAAGAUGAACUGCAAGACCUAAGGGAUAAGAUAAAUAAGGGAGAAUAUGGGAACUCCACUCUUAUGUCUGAAGUGGAGGAAUUAAGGAAACGACUGCUGGAGAUGGAAGGAAAAGAUGAAGAGCUCAUAAAAAUGGAAGAUCAGUGCAGAGAACUUAAUAAAAAGUUAGAAAAAGAAGCAUCACAGAGCAAGAACCUUAAAGGGGAAGUUGACAAACUCAACAAAAGAAUUAUGGAGCUGGAGAAAUUAGAGGAUGCUUUCAACAAAAGCAAACAGGAAUGCUACUCCCUGAAAUGCAACCUAGAAAGAGAAAAAAUGGUUACAAAGCAGUUGUCCCUUGAGCUGGAAGGCUUAAAAGCUAGGGUUGGAGAGCUCGAAGCAAUUGAAAGCAAGUUAGAAAAAACCGAGUCCACACUCAAAGAAGAUUUAACAAAGCUGAAGACCCUAACAGUGAUGCUUGUGGAUGAAAGAAAAGCUAUGAGUGAAAAAAUAAAGCAAACAGAAGAAAAACUGGAAGCUGCAACUUCUCAGCUCCAGGUGGAAAAAAAUAAAGUGAUGUCCAUUACAGAAAAACUAAUUGAGGAAAGUAAAAAGGCACUGAAAUCAAAAUCUGAUGCAGAGGAAAAAGUGUCCAGUGUCACAAAAGAAAGAGAUGAGCUGAAAAACAAACUCAAAGCAGAAGAGGAGAAAGGAAAUGAUCUUGCUUCCAAAGUAAACAUUCUAAGAAAAAGACUUCAGUCACUGGAAGCUGUUGAAAAAGAAUUUCUUAAAAAUAAGCUUAAAGAGACUACUAAAUCCAGCACUUCCUUGCAGCAGGAGAACAACAAAAUCAAAGAGCUUUCUCAAGAAGUUGAGGGGCUUAAGCAGAAGCUGAAAGAAAUGAAGGCCAUAGAAGACGAUCUUAUGAAAACUGAAGAUGAAUUUGAGUCUCUAGAACGAAGAUAUGUCAAUGAACGGGACAAAGCCAAGCUCCUGUCAGAGGAACUGGAGGCUGUGAAAAUGGAAGUAGCUAGGUAUAAACUAUCAGAAAAGGCAGAGUCUAAUCAAGAGCAGCGUCUUUUUAAGAAGCUCAAAGAAGAAGAAGCUAAAUCAAGUCACCUUUCCAGAGAAGUAGAUGCACUGAAAGAGAAAAUUCAUGAAUACAUGGCAACAGAAGACCUAAUCUGUCACCUCCGAGGUGAUCAUACAGUCUUACAGAAGAAACUCACCCAACAAGAAAACAAGAACAGGGAGUUAGCAAGAGAAAUGGAAAGCCUCACAAAAGAAUUAGAGAGGUACAGACGUUUCAGUAAGAGCCUCAGACCUGGUGCUAAUGGAAGGCGGAUAUCUGACUUGCAGGUUUUUUCUAAAGAAGUCCAGACAGAUCCAGCUGACAACGAACCACCCGAUUACAAAACCCUCAUGCCUUUAGAGAGAGCAGUCAUAAAUGGGCAGCUGUAUGAAGACAGUGAUUAUGAGGACAAGGACAGCAAUGAGGAGGAACAAUCAGUGGCUUUCAAAAGCAACUCAUCCAUCGGGAAUGCCAUGCAUAAGAAAUUAUGGAUCCCUUGGAUGAAGUCCAAAGAAAACCACCACCAGAAUGGAAAGAUUCAUACAAAGCAAAAUGGAAACUGUGCACAGGCUGGAGACUUAGUGCUAAGCCAUACACCUGGCCAACCUCUGCACAUAAAAGUAACUCCAGACCACGGGCAGAACACAGCAACGCUCGAAAUAACAAGUCCUACUACAGAAAGUCCUCACUCCUAUACGAGCACAGCAGUUAUACCUAACUGCGGCACUCCCAAGCAAAGAAUAACUAUUAUUCAAAAUGCCUCCUUCACGCCUGUAAAGUCAAAAGCAUCAGAAGGUUACAUGAGCCCAGAGCAAGCCAUUUCUCCCAUUACUAUGGCUGCUUUUGCAAGAUCUCAGACUCCUGACUCAUGCGGUUCCUUAACGCCUGAAAGAACAAUGUCCCCAUUGGCUUUACCAGGCUCAAGUUCUCAGGAACAAAUGCUCUCCUCAGAGCCUUUGGAAAUGGGAGCCAAGCAUGCCGUUUUCAGAGUAUCCCCAGACAGGCAGUCGUCAUGGCAGUUUCAGAGAUCUAACAGCACGGGAUCAAGUGUAAUAACUACUGAGGAUAACAAAAUCCACAUCCACUUAGGAAGUCCUUACGUCCAAGCUCUCACCGGUACCAAGACCGUCAGCCCCUGUACCCCAGUGCAAGAUAACAGAACUCCAGCACUAGCUAAUGGAAUACCCAGUAAGCCCACCAAUAAAAUCACCAGCAGUAUUACUAUCACACCAACAGCCACUCCUCUCCCACGGCAAUCACAAAUUACAAUUACUGAUGCGUUCCGUCAAUCAGUUCCAACUCGGAUCCCCAAACCAAAGCCAACAAAUGCAACUAAACUACCUGUCAGAAUUCCUGCUGGACAUCUCAACAAGCCACUUCAAGACAGCAGUUCUGGAAAGCUACAUAUUAUAAGGACUGUGUCUAAAGCCUGCCUUCACAGUGGAGGGAGAAGAGUGCAUUCCAACAGUCUAAAUGGCUCAACUGAUAAUUUGUGGGAAAGCUCCUUUCACAUAGGUCUUUCUUUAAGAACUGCCAAAUCUUAAUUCCUAAAUAAAGCAAAAGCUAGUGGUGAUCGCAACAUCACAGCCAGAAUUGGGACCGUUUUGCUGAAGCAAAGACAGAUUUUGAUGCGUUCGGUUACCCAAUUUGUUUCCCUUUUAUUUCACAGCUAAAAGUUUAACUUAGCCACUGAGCCAGUACAACACAUUAGCACUCCUGCGGGACUAUUUUUGCAAACCCACAACAGAAAUCUAUGCCUCCCUCAACAGCCUCACAAGAAAAUCUCAAUGGGUAGUUAAAAAGUGAAGGUUUCAAAAGAUCAGCCUACCGAAACCUUACUUCAGCAUGUGCCUUACAAGACACAUUUUGGCAAAGAAGAAACCGAGAAAAGACUCUUCUACAUUAGAAAGAGAAGCACUCCAAUUUAAUUCACUAAAUCUACAGCUAACAGUAAAGUUCUGAAGCUACAAGUGACACGUGCUCAGGUCCAAAUAAAGCUCAUAGAAGCACCCUGUGAUAUGUUCUGCAAGAUGUGGAACAAGUGUGCACAACGCAAAGAAGCAAAAUGAUUUCUGAAAAGCAGCUGUCAGCCUGGUAUGCUCAUCAGACAAAUGUGAAAAGGAGCAUCAGCACAAAAACAGCUUUCAUCAGAAGGGACAGCAACUGAUGGAUGAGCCAAAGGAAAGAGAGAAAACUCUCCAUACACAGGUCAGCUCGCCAACAGAUCCCAGCUCUGAUAAUGCAACAAAACUCUUAAUAAUUGAGCUACAGUGAACAGUCCACUUCUCACUAGUUGCAAAGCCCACAUAAGAAACUGAUGCCUUUUGGCACCCCUUAUUACCAGCCUACAAACAGAAAAUAAAAACGUAUGGGCAAAAAAAUGAAUUCCCACGACAACAUCCUUUGCUUUACAGCAUACGAACGGCCCCACAAGUACUGUCAGAUCAUCAUCUACAGUACAGUAUUAUACUUCAUACCUGUUUUUACUGCUGGUGUAAAAGAGUUUCCCUGCCUUUUGCUCUAACUUGGGAUGACACAAUUUAUUUCAACUUAUAAGGGACAUGAUCCACACAGUUUUUUCUUUAAGGAUGUAAAAGAACUGACAAGGACAGAUAUUACAGUCUUACGGAUAAAGGAAGACAAGGAAAGCACAGAGAAUGAAAGACAAGGAGUGGUAACAGAAAAAGAGGUAACUGGAAGAAUUUCUGGAAAACAAAAGCCUGUCUCCCCCUCCCUCAACCUGCCCAAAGAUGCGGCACACCCAUAACAGGCAAGAGAGACAUUGUAAUGCUGUCAGAAGUGCUCUUUCUGUUCAUGGAGAGAAAAGGAAACAGCUGAUGUCUUACACCAGCACUAAACAAACUCCUCAGUAUUCCUUAAUCUCUCCUUCUAGUUCUGAGUACAACACAAAAAUGGUAUUCAGUAUUGCACAUAGCUGUGGCAUGAACUGGUAAAACAGAAGGAAGGAAGCCCUGAAGUUAUACGACCUGGGAUGUGUGCAAUACUAAGCAAAACUAAUAAAUAGCCAAAAGUCUCCAACCACCCUCUCCACAUCUCUGAAAGCAAAAAGUAUGCUGAAGAAGUUACUGAGCAAGAUGCUUUAGUUUUUGUCUUGUGGCAAGGUAAAAUAGAUGGCUAAUCCUUUCAUGUCCCAAAAGUGAGAGUAAAUACCUUCAGUUUUUAAUACAGACUCUAAACUAAUGGUUUCUAAUGAUGUGGUCAAAAUCAGAUUAGGAAUUACUCAUACAUCUAUCUAUUAGGAUAUGUGUUCUGUUCUUUCAUACCUUUCUAGCGGGUCUAAACACUUCUUACACACUACUUCUUAGAAGUAGUGUCUUCUGAGUACAAGUUGCUAAAAUGGAAGACACUUACGAGGGCUGAGAUAUUAGGAUGAAUACUUCAUUGGCCAGUUUUUAUUCUAGGGCUAGUUGUAAGGGACUUGGCACAAGGUAGGUAUUUAAAGAAUAUAUUUUAUUUUUUUUCCAGCUUUCUACCCAUCAUUAUGGCAAAGAUGCUUUUUAAAAUACGUCAGCAAUUAAAGUCGGAUAGUUUUUUAAACAAACUAUGUGUUUCACAGAAAUAAACAUGAGCAAAUCUGUCAAAAGCUCUAGUGGGAAAUUAUAUUCUUGUAUUUCUGCUUACAGCGUAUAUUGUAAACCCUUGACUUCCUAUUUUUUGCCACUUGAUCUUAAAGCACUUUAUAGUGUCCACAAGACAUGAUACAAAUUAACAAUUGAUUUUACAUCGGCUGUACAUGAGGAGCAGCAACACAAAAUAAAAAAAUAUAUGGACCUUCUA